AUGAAUAAAAGGGUACAAACGACUAAUGCAAACUUAUCUCAGUAACUGGAGGAUCUUGCACAACUGAUUGAACCAAAUGUAUCCCAUAUGCUGCCUGCUCAAGCUAUGUUGAAGCUGGUUGUUUCUAUGGAACUGAUGGAGAAUGUAUUUUCGCAUUACCAGUUGGAGCUACUACAGGAACUAAGGCCUGCAGAUAAAAGCAAUGUGAAGAUAUCACUGGAGGAACAUCAAAUGCUAAUUGUAUGGGUGUUAUCACAGGAAAGGCUUGUGUUUCCAAUGGAACAAGUUGCAUUGCCAAGGCUGCCUGCUCAACCUAUAAGACCAUCACAUCUUGCAACGGAGGUGGUUUGGAAAACAGCAAAUCAACUGUUUGUGCUUUCACUCCCACUGGAACUGAUAAGGUUAAUGGAACAUGCAAGACCUUCACAGCUUGUGCCGAUGCUACCAAAGAUAAAUUGGCUUGCACAACCAACCCAACAUGCAAAUGGACUGAAAACUCAACAGGAACAAAUUGUGCUAAUCACGCUUGUGAUACCUUUGCCACCGGAACUGAUUGUCAACCAAUUCCAAGUUUCGAUGGAACCUCAUCCACCGUUUGUGUUCUUUAAAGCGGAAAAUGCGCUGCUGCUGAUCCAGGAACCAUGACUGAUUCCAAGAUUUGCUACACUAAAUCAGCUUACACUUAUAGUUGGAACGCCGCUACUAAUAAAUGUGAAAGUUGCAUUUCAGGAUCUGUCAAUCCAAACAAUUCAAAUGGAACUAACAAUAACACAGAUAAUGGAACAACUACCACCGACAGUGCUUACAUCUUGUCAGUUAUUUCACUCGGUCUUUUGGGAUUAAUGGCAUGA